UUGACACAAAAUUCAAACAUUUGUUUGUAAAACUCCCAAGUAAUUCACACAUAGAAGCCAAAAAAGAAGUCUAUCAAUUAAAGUGGCUUCUGUUUUAAAAUUUGAUGGUGUGGUUAGAGCAAACUGGGCUUAUGGCCUCACUGUCCUAAGUCCUAAAAUAAUCUCAAAGAUUUUAAUUAAUUGUAAAAAAAAAAAAAAAAAAAGGUUGUAUUAUAUAUGUAUGUAUUAUGUUAAAGUUAGAUUUUUAUCAUUCAAAACCUCAAUUUCUUUUUCAACAAAUUAAAAACCCUAACUUAACUACUACUCCCAGACUCCUACGCGGCUUUUUGGUGUUACGUUGAAAUGGGUACUUCCUGUGUUUACAGCUGGUUUCCAUGUUAUAUCAGCUGGUUCUGGUUUGACAUAUUACCUAACAAAGCUGUGCACUACCGGUUACUGUGGUAACUUUACUCAUUAAAAAGAUGCGGCUGCCGCUGCGCCUCUUCCCAUUUCUCCCCGCUCCUGUCCGGACAGCCUCCUCUGUCCCUGCGGGGAAGCUGAAUUUCGUCCCCGCUUGCAGCACCGCCGAUGCCCGCUCUCUGGAGCUGCUGCAGGACUUUGUGUCCCGAUCCAGGCGGUUGUUUGUGGUCACCGGAGCGGGUCUGUCUACGGAGUCGGGCAUCCCGGAUUACCGCUCGGAGGGUGUCGGGUUGUACGCCCGCACCGACAGGAGACCGAUGCAGCACACGGAGUUUACCCGCAGCGCCAAGUCCCGACAGAGAUACUGGGCCAGAAACUUCGUCGGGUGGCCGCAGUUCUCCUCCCAUCAGCCCAACUGUGCCCACCGGACUCUGCGGAGCUGGGAGGAGAAGGGGAAGCUGCACUGGCUCGUCACCCAGAAUGUAGACGCCCUUCACUCCAAGGCAGGACAGACACGGAUUACGGAACUCCACGGCUGCGCCCACAGGGUAACAUGUCUUGGCUGUGGCAGCAUCACCGCGCGGGAGCAGCUGCAGAGGCGGUUUGUCUCAUUAAACCCGGAUUGGAGCGCUCAGGCAGGAGCCGUGGCUCCGGAUGGCGACGUCUUCUUAGAUGACGAGCAGGUCCUGAACUUCAGGGUCCCGUCCUGUGAGCGGUGUGGGGGGAUACUGAAGCCAGAGGUUACAUUUUUUGGAGACACGGUGGCCAAAGCAACGGUGCAAUUCGUGCAGGAGAGACUGGCAGAGGCGGACGCAGUGCUGGUUAUCGGCUCGUCGCUGCAGGUGUACUCAGGAUACAGGGUUCUACUGGCAGCGAGCGACAAGAAGAUGCCGAUCGCCAUCCUGAACAUCGGACCCACCAGAGCAGAUCACCUGGCAGGGCUGAAAGUGAAGGGCCGCUGUAGUGAAGUUCUGUCAGUCAUCCAGCCCCUCUGACCCCACGGACAGGUUUAGAGUCGUCUCUGCUCUGCUGACUGAACUAACUCAGACGUUAGUAAAUGACCAUCAGAACGAGGUGACGUGAAAGGAUCGAUUAGAGGGCAAGAACUGCUCUCCUGUCAGCACUUUCCACACUGCUGGAGAAAAAACAAAACGGUUUCAUAAGUCCAACUUGGGUGUAACGGGAAGACUCAAACUGUGUUUGGUUUGUUUCUGUUUGACUUUGAGCUGAACAUGACGAGGAUCUGUCGCAUCUUCUCAGAGUGUACACGGUUCUUUAGAGGUGCUGCUUUAAAAUGCAACUGUUUUUAUCUAAAGUGACUUUUACUGAAAGAUAUUUGGAGAAGAGCAAGUAGCUGCAGAAGUACAACUACUUAUUUGCAAAAUGCAAUAAUUAAAAUGCAACUGCUGUCACAGUGCAAUUAAAGAUUUUAAAUUCA